AUGAGCGUUCAAGAAGAUGAUGGCCUCAUUCUCAUCAAACCUCCACCGAUUUUUCAGGAGAAGAACUAUGUCCCGAAGGGCGUGAUGUAUCAACCACUCAAGGCUGUCUAUGGGUUCAGGCGAAGUCCAAGGCUGUGGGGUCUCCUGAGAGAUCAAACCAUGAGAGACUUCAGAAUCCAUGUUCUUGAGAAUGGUCAAGAGAAAGUUUUGGUUCUGCUGCAGCUGAAUUCAGAGCCAAACCUAUGGAAGAUAGCUGUCCAGGGGGAGGAAGAGGAGCCCACUAUGACCAAUGGCAUGAUGCGAGGACUAGUGAUGUCCUAUGUUGAUGAUCUGUUCGUCACUGGUCCGAGCUAUGUGGUCGAAGCAGUCAAAGCCAAGUUUGAAGAAACCUGGGCUACUUCCAAGCCCGAAUACGUGGGUGAACAUCCAGUCCGGUUCUUGGGGAUGGAAGUGAAGAAGGAAAGAAAGGCAGAGGACGAAAGGGAGGUGUCGAGACAGCUGAAAGGCUAUCUGCUGAAAACAAAGGAAGAAGGGUUGAAGUAUGAUGAAAGCCCUGGAAAGCCCAUUGCCGUCAAUGCGUUUUCUGACGCAUCCUUCGCCCCAGUUCGGGAAGAAUCACAUGGAGCGUUUGUCAUCAAGUUCAAUGACUCUCCGAUUUUUUGGAGGUCAGGGCGACAGAGUGUGAUCACCCUUUCAACUGCUGAAUCGGAAUUGGCCGAGAUCGUGGAGGCCAUGGGAGCUGCUGAGUCAAUCUCAGUGAUCAUUGAAGAGAUCUAUGAAGAAGUUGAGAAGGUCGCUUGGAGCGACAGCCAAGCGGCGGUCGCUAUCAUGACGUCGGAGGGAGGCUCCUGGCGUACAAGGCACCUCAGAAUGAAAGCAGCGUAUGCACGUCAAGCCAUCUCACAGGGCUUGUGGUGCUUGAAUCACAUGGCAGGUCUGACUUUGGUGGCGGAUGUUGGGACGAAGGCAGUCAGUGCCAACCGACUUGAAGCUUUGAAAGAAUUGAUGGGGAUGGGCAGAAGCUCAAAAUCCUCGGACCGAGCUGGCGACGCAGAGUCGGGUGGAGGAGACCUGGUUCGGCGCCCAGCUAGGCGAGACGGCGAUGCAGAGUCGGGUGGAGGAGACCUGGUUCGGCGCCCGUCUAACGCCCAUGGUCCAGAGGAAGAAGAAUCAGAAAAGAAAAGAGAAAAGGCGGUCAACGCCAUCAGAUUGGUCAUCUUCAUGGCCAUGCUGACAGGAGCCAAAGGUCAGGAAGAAGAUGAAGACGAAGAAGAGGGUCAACGAGAAUUUCAAAUCAUGAUGGCCGCUUUUACGAUCAUGGUCGUCGUGGUCACUCUUCUUUUUCAGAGAGCAUGGAAGGUAGGAGUAGGAAUGUGCUAUCAGGAGCCCAAAGAAGUUUCUGAGAAGCCAGGACGAAGUCUCCCCAUGCGCGAAGAUCGAGAAGAGAUUCAAGAAAAUACACAACCAGAAGCUGGAGGCGCUGGCGGUGAGUUGGGGUCGGGGAGUUCAGCUGAACACCUGGUCCGCCUCCCGCCAGGGGGCCGGGAGGAGCACCAACAGCUCUCCCAACCUGAAGGCGAAACAUCCAGUUCAUCAGACUGGUCUUCAGGUGGUCCCAGCCCAGCUGAAGGAACUUUGGAGCGAAGAAUCGAGGAGGAAUUGCUGAAGAUUGCAGAAGAAGAAGCUGAGCUUUGGCAUCAGAUACGCCAAGUUCCGCUACCACCAGUGUUGAUAGAGAAAGUAGAAGAAAGAGAAGAAGAGGGACUGAGGUUUCCAAUUUUCAGGACGAAGUUUGGAGUGGUCUAUCAUAGCACUCUGACCUGUAAACAUCUUCAAGGAGUCCGAGUGUCAUUGCCCCGAGAGUUCAAGUGGUGCCAAGAUUGCCGACGCGUGGCGCUUCAAACUAGAGGGCGACCGCCUCCUGGAACUCCAGUCAUCUUGUCAGUUGAAGGAAAUGCAGCACAUACUGAUAAGAGAUGCCCAUGGGUCCGAGAUCCCAAAUCGACCCCCUUUUGCCUCACAUGUCAAGAAAGAGAAAGGGUAGGUUGA